AUGCCAGCCCCUUCAUCCACGCUUGUCUUUGAAUCGGGGAUCCACGCUAUACCCGGACCCGGCAACUCGAUGAGACCCAACUCUCUGGAUGCCCUAGUCCGGCACCAAUUAGAGGCUGCUUCCCGAGACCUGGCAUCAGAGGCUGAAUUCACCGCCGCUGGAACAGCGCCCGGACAUCACCAAAACAUCAUUAACGAUGUGGGCGAAUACCUUGCCCAGACUGCCCGAAUGUGGUAUUGCUUGACAAAUAAACUGGUCCAAGGGCCACAUGUGGAGAGAGCUGCCGAAGAGGCUCACGAGCAGUCCUUUGCCACGACUUACAUGGCCGAUUUACAACCGAUGGCUACUAUGGACAUAAAUAUCACCAAGCUAGGCAAGAUACGUGAUCUGGCGGAGAAAUUCUCCGAAGAAGUACAAGAAGUCUGGCGGCGAAAACCCGAUUCUGGAUCUACUUACCAGACCGCCCCUGCGUUCCCUGCUGUCAAGUCUGAGCCUGCAAGUUGGAUUCACCAACCGCCCAGAGGAAGUUUGGAUGCUGGUGUUGGCGUUGGCAUUGGCGUUGGCGUUCGUGGUGGUCAGCGAAGCAUACUCACAUCCCAAAACACCGAUGACACUCUAUCGCCUGGCGGAAAUGCCUCUGCUUCAGAAGAUUCGGGAGGAGAUGAGGAUGAACAGUUCAGCAAGAUUGAUAUGGACGCUCUCAAACAAAGAGGCAAAGGCGCAUAUUACUGCCCGUUAGAAUAUCGAUGCGACAAGGGUGGCGUUGACAAGGACGGGAAACUUGUCAUCUUUGAUCGGAACUCUUCUUUUGCGUAA